UCUAAUCGGCUUCUCUUCUUAUUUAAUUUUUGUUUCAAUUUCAGCAUAUUGAUUUAUGCUUAGCCUAUUCUUUUCUUUGCGUUUUUCUUUGUCGUACCUUUCAUAGAUUCAUAGAGGAAUUCCACCAACCACCCCUAUAAAGCUAUAAUGUAGUAAAAUCCAGGCCAAAGCAAAAACCUGAAACAGAGUUAAAGGAUUCCUGAUUCCUUCUACAUCUCUUAUUUCUUGAAACAAAACAGAGAAAAUCGUAGCAAACCUAUUCUGGUUUUGUCCCCUUCUUCCUUUGAGGGAGAGAAUUAUACAUGGAUUGUAGUGGAAAGUUAUGCAAGGGCAUUUGGGGGUCACUGGUAUUGCUAGGAGUUAUGUGGUUACUGUUGGUUGGAGAUAUGAAAAAUGGAGAAAAAGAGAUGAAAUUAACAGUAUUAAAUGCUCAAGAUCAUCAUGUUAUAGGAAGUAUGAAAAAUACAAAAGUGAUUCGAACUGAGAAGAGAAAUAUUCAUCCCAAGAUCGACUUCAUAAGUAAAAGAGGAGUUCCAAAUGGUCAUGACCCCAUCCACAACAGAAGAGCUGGAAGUUCUCGUCCUCCGCCAGGUCAAUCUUCCAAAGGAGAACUUGGCAAUCCAUGAAACUAAAGGCAUCGAAUGAUCGUGGGGAGUUUUUCCUACCUUCUAGUUUUCUAUUAAGGAGAAAUCUCAACAUAUUGUUUGAUGAAAAAUUCAAAAUUCCAUGAGCUUUUACAUUUUUAAUUCUAUAUAUAGAACUUUUUAGAAAAUAUGGGGAGAUCAGUAGAGACUAGAUAUAGUUUGUUUUACACGAGGAACUUCGAGGGAAAAAAAAAUCACUUAUGGGACAUAUCAGAAUCCCAGAUUAGGCUUUUCGAUACCAACUUCACACAUCAACAGGUAAAAUUCACAAAUACCAAUUA